CUGAAAUUCGAUUAAUUGAAUCUCUCCAAAUUGUAGAAGCAGAUCUCCGAUUUUAAUCUUUGCGGCUUUUACAGAUCGCGAUUUCAACCGACAAAGCAGCUGUUCUGAAUUAUCUUCAUUGCUGUAGUUAAUUAAUACUCGCUGCAGCUCUGCCACGUGCUAUCAAAGGUGGCAAGCAUUAGCACCCCAUACAUACACCCUCCGACCUCAGUCUCAGCCUGAAAAUUUCCUCUGUCAGAGAAUCACUGAAAUGAAAUGAAUUCGGAGAGCUUAAUAGCAUCGGCGGCGAUCAACAUAGGGCUCGCACUUGUGAUCCUGUGUCUCUUCUCCGUGUUCCGGAAACAGCCUGCCAAUGCCAACAUAUACUACCCUCGUCGUCUCGCUCUUCGCCAUACGAUUUCCUUCGAUCAUUCCUCCAACCGAUUCUUUCCUUCCGUUGAUUGGAUCCGAGAUGCUGUUAGAGUUACGGAGGACGAAAUCCUUUCUACCCUCGGCCUUGAUGCACUCGUUCUCAUCAGAUUUUUUAAACUCGGGAUAAAGUUUUUUGUGGUAUGUUCUGUUGUCGGAUUGAUGGUUCUUUUGCCACUCAACUAUUCUGCUGUCUCCCCUGAGCUAUCUUCAAGCUCGCGUUCCAUGGACUCUUUCACCAUUUCCAAUAUACCUAGAGGAUCAAACAGGCUUUGGGUGCACUUUUCAUCACUGUGCUUUAUAUCUUUCUUUGGAAUAUAUCUCCUUCACAAGGUGAUGUGAUCUCUAGGAAUACAAGAUUGUCCUUAUGAAAAGAAUUCAACAACUUCGUAACCUAAGGAAUCAACCGAGUCAACUCACUGUUCUUGUUCGACAAGUUCCUUUAUGCGAUGAACACAAAUCACUCAGCUGCAGUGUUGAUCAUUUCUUCUCCAAAUACCACCCUAAUGCUUAUCAUUCCUAUCAAAUUCUAUAUGCUGGAAACCAUCUUGAGGAGUUGCCUGUUGCUUUUGUGACAUUUCGGUCACGUUGGGAUGCUGCCCUAGCUGCCCAAACACAACAACAUCCAAAUCCAUUAUUAUGGAUCACUCAAAUGGCUCCAGAACCUAGAGAUGUAUUGUGGAAGAAUCUUUCAAUCCCUUAUAAGCAUUUGGUACUUUAUAGAACUGGAGUAAUUGUCACAGAAAUUCUUUUCACUAUAUUCUUUGCUAUUCCAGUAACUGCAGUCCAGGGAAUAACACAGUUUGAAAAACUGAAAAAGUGGUUCCCUCCAGCCAUGGCUGUUCAAUUGAUACCAGGAUUGAGCUCGGUUAUUACAGGAUACCUUCCAAGUGUGAUUCUUAGUGGAUUUGUUUAUGUUGUUCCUUUUGUUAUGAAAGGAAUGGCAAGAAUAGCAGGUUAUGUUUCAAGAAGUCAACAAGAGCAAAAAGCUAGCAACAUGGUUUUUUAUUUUUUAAUGGGAAAUGUUUUCUUUUUAACUGUUUUAUCCGGAUCUUUACUUGAUCAAAUUGGGAAGACUUUCAUUCAUCCAAAAGAUGUCCCAAGUCGCCUUGCUACAGCUGUCUCUGCUCAAGCAGAUUUUUUUAUGACAUACAUUUUGGCAAGUGGGUUAUCUGGUUUCUCUCUUGAGAUUCUUCAACCUGGAUUACUUACAUGGGAUGCUUUAAAAAUGCGUACAUGGGGUCGAGGAAAAAAGAAAUCCAAUUAUCUUUCUUCAUUUCCUUAUUAUAGAAUUAUUCCCUUUGUUUCUCUCUUUUUGCUUGUUGGCAUUGUGUACUCCAUCAUCGCACCAUUGCUUCUUCCUUUUCUAGUUGUCUACUUUCUUCUCGGCUACGUGGUAUUCAUCAACCAGAUGCAAGAUGUGUAUGAAACAACAUACGAGACAUGUGGGCAGUAUUGGCCCCACCUUCAUCACCAUGUGGUGGUCGCCAUCAUUAUCAUGCAAAUCACCAUGAUCGGUCUCUUUGGACUAAAGUCAAAACCCUCUGCAUCUUUUGCGACAAUACCACUCCUUGUUCUCACUAUAGCUUACAAUGAGUAUUCCAAGUUCCGGUUUCUUCCUACAUUUUACAAAUGCUCUAUAAAGGAUGCGAAAGAUAAUGAUGAAUUUGACAAAGAUGGUCCGAAUGAUGCUGCUUGUCGUGAAGCCAUAGAUGCAUAUCGUCCACCUUCUUUGCCUCAAGUGUGUGUUGGAAUGGAAGAAUCAACCUCAACGCAACCGUUAUUAUCAUCGAUUUCUUAGUUGUUUUUUUUUUCUUUCUAUUUUUGGGAUAGGGGCAAGGCUUGUUGGGUAUGCAAGGAUUUGGAUGAACCUAUUUUGUAGAAAUGUGAUGUUAAUCAAUUUGAUUGGUUUUUGUUUGAAAAAAGGGUGUCAUUCUUUGAAUAUGAUCAUGUCAUUUUUAGGUUAUUAGUAACUCAACUAAACAUGUAAAAAAAAAAUCCAUACCACAAGUAGAG